CAUAUCCUCAGUUUGCGGGCUCUGUUGAGCUGCAGAGCACCGUCGGGGUGUUUGCAGAACAGGCAACUGCACGAAAACGUCUUUGUUGAAUUUUUAUAUUUUUUUAAAUCGCUUGUUUGUGUUUGUGUCUGAAGAACACUUGAGCCAUGAAGCGGUGAUACAGAGGAGCAGAGCCCGACUGGAGGUUGAUACACUGAUGAAGAGGAGGAGGAAUAAGGAACAAACCAGGAAAGGAGGAAAGGAGUCCUUGAAGGCAUCUGAAGAUCAUUAUGCAAGGGACUGGUUUUGACAGAGCCACGACUGGCCAAUGAAAACGUGCUGUACAUUUAGAAACCAAAGUCGAACACUGAGGAGUAGAGUUAGUUGUGAACCCCAGCAUCCCUUGUGUGGAAUACUGAUGCCAAUCUUCCUUGUGAUUGGCCGGAGCGAUGGAUGUCACCAAGGAGAAGUUCAAAGGAGGCAGAAGGACGUCUGGGGUCACAACCCCACCGGAAGGCGGCUGGGGUUGGAUGAUUGUUGCCGGCUGUUUCCUCGCCACAAUCUGCAUCCGAGCAGUGACCAGAUGUGUCUCCAUGUUCUUUGUGGAGUUCCAGCUGCACUUUGAGAAGGAUUACUCCACCACCGCCUGGAUCCACAGUCUGAUCGACUCCACCACCAUGCUCUGUGCUCCUCUGGGUGGUUUCCUUGGGAGCCGUCUCUCCUGCAGAGCAACUGUGAUUCUGGGAGGUCUGCUGUCUGCUGCUGGUCUGGUCCUCAGCUCCUUCGCUUCAAGUCUGGAAUAUCUCUACAUUUCCCUGGGCCUCCUCACAGGUCUUGGCUUUGCUCUCAGCUUCACACCAGCCGUAGCGAUGGUUGGGAGGUACUUCAAUGAGAGGAAAGCUCUGGCCUAUGGCAUCGCCCUGUCUGGUAGUGGCAUCGGGACCUUCAUCCUGGCUCCUGUGGUCCAGCUGCUUAUAGAGCAGUACUCUUGGAGAGGAGCUCUGCUCAUCUUGGGAGGAUUUGUUUCCAAUUUGUGUGUUUGUGGCGCUCUGAUGAAGCCACUGGAACCAAGAGGAGGUGAAAGCUCACAGAUAUGGGAGAACAACAUGACUAACAUGGAGCAAGAUUGCAUGACAACAAUGCUGGAUUCCAAAGACACAGAACAAGUACCUGCUGAUUGCAGCCAAGUGGAGCCAAAGCAGCUGGAAUUAAACAACUUAAAAGAUACUCAAGGGCUACUCAUAGCCAACGGAGCGCUCAGAAACAUUGGACUUGAAAAUGACAAAUUAGGUCGGGGGAAAAUAGCACUGCUGACAGGCCGGACAGAUAUGAAGAUAGCUGAAUGUAUUUUAUUUAGUAACAAACUAACAGGGACAAUACAAGGGGAGAUCAAAUGUUCAGAUUCUGCGUUAGCAAAUGGCAGCACGAUUGAGGACAUGAAAUUGGUGGAAAGCAUGAACUUGAACAAGCCAGCUGACAUGGAUGCUAAGAUAAAAGACUCAGGACUCAGUGAAGCCAAACCAACAGAUGCCUGUCUUUUAGAUAAAACCGUCAGCACUCCUCUAAGACCAAUAGUAAACACAAAAACUUUGUCCAGAGGUCACUGUUUUUGCCUCGAGUCCAGGGAGGAGUUUGGAUUUCUUUUAAUACCCAACUUCUUGAUUCUGUCUGUGUCCUUCCUGUUUUUGGCCUAUGGCUGCAGCGCUCCAAUAGUUUACCUGGUUCCUUAUGCCCUCAGUGUGGGGGUGGAGCACCAGCACGCUGCCUUCCUCAUGUCCAUAUUUGGAGUCAGUGGCAUUGUGGGGAACAUCACGUUUGGAUGGAUCACGGACAGAAAGUGUCUGAAGAAGUAUCGCAUGCUGAGCUACAUGGUGGCGAUUGGCAUGGAGGGCCUCUGCUGUAUGUUCAUCCCGCUGCUUCACUCCUUCUCCCUCCUGGUCCCAUUUUCUGUCCUCUACGGGUACUUUGAUGGAGCGUAUGUAGCGCUUAUCCCAGUGGUGACCUCUGACAUUGUGGGCCCCAGCUAUCUCACACACAGUCUGGGUGUGGUAUACUUUCUGCAUGCCAUUCCCUACCUGGUCAGUCCACCGAUAGGAGGUUGGUUAGUAGACAGGACAGGCAACUACGCAGCAACCUUCCUCCUCAGUGGUGCUUCCUACAUGUGCAGCUCUGUGGUUUUAACAACCACCUUGUUAGCCAGACACUGCCGGAGGUCUGAGUCUAACUCGGCUGCACAUUUAAGUCCCAGUCGCACUGCUGCUGCAGUUCAGCAGGACAUCAUAUGACAUGCAACAAUGCUGUUUCUCCAUCUGCACUGAUGUGCACCAUCACCACUGCUGGGCUGUGGAUUUACAAAGAUUACAGUAGGGGUGCUAUUUUGAUGUGUCAUUAUCUGUCGCUGAUGUGUGUGUGUGAAGAACCAGGGCUGAAGAACCUGUGCUUUUUUUUCUUUUUCUUUUUUAAGAAACUACUUCUAUGUUGUGGCUUUGAGACACAGAUCAUGUUAGAAUCACAUGUUAUUUUUUUCUCUUUGUUAUUUAAUGUGGAUAUUAUGUUUCAUGGAACCAAAGAGCUCCCUGAUUCAUUCAAGCCAAAGUUUGCAAGCAGGUUUCCAUUAACAUUCACAGUCUUCAGUGAGCUUUCCAUUAAUAUGGAGCUGUACUAACUGCUCACACCAAUUUAAUGCAGGUUCUAAAGUGUUGCUGUUAUUAUUUAAACUAUUAAUUAAAAAGAUAUUUUUUCUAAACCUGUUUUUUAUUUUCCAAAGUCUUGCCAACUGAUUAUGUUGAACAUUUCAUCAGUGCAUGUUUGGUCUCAAAGUAUCAUCAGAAUCAUGACACUCCUGUUCUAAUUGCCCUUUUUUUAAACAUUGCUCAUAUAAUGUGAUCUGUGUUCGUCUUGCUGGAUCGUCAGUUUCCUGUUAUGAUUGUGUCAUAUUAGAAGAAGCAGAAGAAUGGCAUCAUUUGCAUGUAUCAUUAACAUUUAAAUAAAAUGUUAACAUUUUAUUGUCAGUGGCAAAACACUGCACACGCACAUUCUGUCACUUGGAAAUAGUAGCGAGAUGAAAGGCUGCUGACGAACUAAAAUGGAAGUUAGUGACAGAAAGAGAAAUAAAUACCUCACAUUGCCCCACCUGUAGUUGUAACAAUAUGAAACCAUCUUUUGGCCUGCACCCCUCCAGGGAGUGUGCCAGUGGAGCUGGUCUCAAGUGACAGAUAUUUGGAGAAAGUGAUAUUCAUACAGUGAUUUGUAAUGUAAUUUUAGAUUUUAAUGAACAUCUUGCUUGUGAUAUGCCUUAUAUCUCUGUACAUCCAUGUUAUUAUGAACAGUAACACAUAUCAAAACAUAUCAGACAUGUCUGGGGAUCGGGACAGCACAUGCCACGGCUCUCAGACCGACACAUAUCAUGUAAGCUCGCGUUCUUGAAGUUUCAAAAAUGACAAAUGACAACCUGCAACUUUAACGCACAACAGUAUCUGUACAGUAUUAUUUACAAAUUUUUUGUGCAAUAUCUGAACUUAUCACAACCUGCAUUGCUUUGUCAUACAUCUCCAGAAUUUUUGGAUAAUAAACCAUUUGUGCUUGUGAUGUAGGGAGUUCACAGGGAGGAGAAGAGCCUCCUCAGUGACUUCUGUCUGCAGCAUGAUUAGACGAUUCCUGGGAAAUAAUAGUGCCAGUGACUUAAGACAAGUUAUGAGUCUUCGAUUUGAAAUAGCAUGUGAGCCUCUCCUCCACGCUGUUCCAUCACUCACAGUUACCAUUAACCGCUUUGAAAAUCCCAUUUAAAAAAAUCACUACACCAUGAACGUCUGUGAUGGUUGUGCUUUGUGUGCUGGUCAAAUCAUGACUUGUGCAAAUAAAAUGUAUCCACGCAAUACACUUCCAUAUCAUUUUGCUGUGUAGUUAAUGUGACAGUUUUGUUAAAUAAAGACAAUUAUUCUCAGUCA